GCAGCGAUACAGUAAGAAUUAUCUUCGUUUCAAUGGUCUUACGCGAGUGCAAUUUGAUUUAUUUUCGCCGUCGACCUCUUGGCCCGCUGCCUUGUUCUUUAACUCGUGAAAUUUUUCAACACUUUUAAAAAUAAAAUAAUAUUAAAACGCAAAACGAUCGGAGCUUCAUACGAUAUGUGCGUAUGGAUAGAAUCAAAGUGAAACGUAGGCAGGAACAUCAAGAUGGAAAUUCACCAGACACGGGAUAGAAAGAAAGGUCUUUAGGCUGUAAGCUAUUUCCAAAGUGUCAAUGAUCGAAGUCACGGACGUGGAGAAUUUUUAUCGUGCACAAAAAGAGCUACCGCGAUCGAUUUUCAACUCCUAUAUAUUAUAUAAUAUACGUAGUAUAAUCUGCGCGAUAAAAUUUCAAAAGAAAUAUGAAAAACAAAGAAGAAUACUCGGUCAUCGAUACGCGAUGUUUAAUCCGCAGUGCGAAUAUGUCGAGACGUUAAAUCUAUCAAAGAUAAAAUGAAAUGAAACAAAAAAGUAGAAAAUUUUUUAAUAGGUCUGCAUUCUCCCGGAAUGUUUUUUUCUUUCUCUCUAUCUUUUCUUUUCUUUUUUUCUUUUUUUUUUUUUUAUUCAUCUACAUCUUUCGCGCUACGUAUCAAUUUAUACGGUAGUUUUGUCAUGAGUUGUUUGAUGAGAAAUGUUGAAUACUGCAAAAGAGACUGCACAGCUGACGUUGGUACAACUACAUGUAUCUUAUAAACUUUACCUCACGAUUAGUCGGGACUUCGAAGCAUUCAGAAUCGCGGCGACACUCGAGCCGUCAACAUCGCCUGAUCUUUUGUACCAUUGAGAAGAAGAAAUUUUUUUUCAAUUAAAAUUAAAUUAAAAUAAAAGAGUGACGCGGAAACUGACGGGCCAAAGUCGUCGUUAAUUAUAAAAUUAUUCGAUAUAAAACUUCUCGACUAUUUCGCUUCUUCAUUAAUCAAACUCAAUUAUAAAACUGACGAUAAAUGAUAUAUUUCUAAAAGCGAUUUUCGAUCGAUCGAUACAUAAUCCAAAAAAAAAAAAAAACACUUUUCAUUAAUUUAAAAUGAGAAUUGAAAAACGAUAAAAGAAAAUAAAUAAAUAAAUAAAAUAAGAUUUCCUCAUUAAAUUUGAAUAAAUCUAAUAUCGUUGUCAGUUUUUUUCCCUUUUUUUUUUUUUCGUGUUUUAGUUACUGCACGUUUGCAAAAAGCUUCUAUACGUGUGUGUGUAACGUUCGCGCGUUAAGUAUACCUGUAUAAUUUAUAUUAUAAAUAGCGCGAACAAUAUUUUUACGCCUACCCUGUAUAAAUUAUGGAAUAAAAUUUCCAAGUGUAAAAUAUUAUCUUCUCUUAUGAGGUGGUGUUUUAAUACAAGAUACACGUAUACCACGUAUGGCAUGUAAAUGGCAUAUAGAAAUAGCUGAACAAGCUGAUCGAUCGAAUAAUUCUCUCUUGUUCAAAAUAAACCGAGUGAUUAUAAACACGUAUGUAAGUACAUACGUACACACAUAGGUGUAUACCUGUGAUUAUGCCGCUUGUACUCUUUCUUCUGCUCUUGUAUCAACUGUCAUAACAUCAACCUGAUUGUGAAUAAUUCCCUGCAGGAUAUAAUACGCAAUGUACUGUAAAUGCAUUGUACAUAUGUGCUUCGUAAAUCGUGAAAAUUGUGAGAGGAAUACUUCGCCGAUCGAUCCGUCCCCCAGGUGGAUCUGAUCUUACAGAGAGGGAAAAAAGGAAGAAGAAAGAGAACGAUAUAAUCGGAAAUAAAGUUCGAGAAAAUCGUACGUGUAUAAAAAAAAAAAAAAAAAAAAGAAAAAAACAGGAUAAGAUGGCGAUUUACAACGGACUGAACAUAACGCAACUGGCUAUGGAAUCGGUCGAUCGCAGGGGUGGCGAGGACGCGAUCGAGGGUAAUCUUACCCUCGUACAAGUAGUUUCCGAAGUUGUACAAGAAUUAGAAACUCAAAGAGAGAUGAGCGAGGCGGAAUACGAACAAUUUCUCGCGGACGUUUGGGUCGGCGUUGUUUUAACGCUGAUGGUAUUGAGCUGCAUUUGUUGUAUGUGCUCAUGUCUACUUUAUCAUAAAUUUCAGCAGUGGAAACUCCAUGUUUUGGAGCAGAGAGCAGCGGCCUCGAGAGAUCCUGACUGCAGAGGCGACACGGAGAGCCUCCCUUCGUAUACUCUGGUCUCCGGGCUACCCAGUUACGAGGAAGCUUUGGAGCAGCUGAAGCAAGUCCAAGCUUUACGCCGAGGGAUCGAGGUGGUGGUAAUUGAUUGCGGGAAGCAAGUAGAAGCUGAAACCCCUUCGACGCUUGGUGGAAAUUCUUCAGACCAUGGCUUCAACGUAGUCCAAGGCAAUCAAAUGACCAGGUUAUCGGUUGCGGAGCUGUUGCAACUCUACAAACUUCAGCAGCAGCAACAAUUGCCGCAAUAUCAACAACAGCAGCUGCAAAUUGGAGCGAAUGUCCAGCAACACCAGCCACAGCUACAGGGCUCGUCUAAGAUUUGAAGGAAAAAGGCACGAGGUGCAGAAUUGAAAAGAGAUAACGAGACAACGGCAGCCAAGAAUAAUACAAUGAACUUGUGAAUCAUAGGAAUUAUUAUUCGCCACUUAUUUUUACGAUAAGCAAGUGUAAAGGUGCAACAGAUAGCAGCGGUAGCUCCAAGUGGCUUUAAUGGAGAUUUCGUGUAUCGCGAUGUUUUGUUGGGCUUAUACUUUUUAUUUUUUUCACACAAAGGGGCAUUAACUGAACAAUUAUUACAGCUGAACACACGCGCAAGAGGUGCGGAAAAAAAAAAAAAAAAAAGGAAAGAAAUGAUCGUUGAACCAAUUGAUUGGACUUUGUAAUCGAGCAGGGAAAUAUAACCCGUGGGCAAUGAUGAUUAUUCUUCCAUUUUGUUCAAUAACGUUCACAAAUACAACGCUCUCUUCAAGAAAUCUGUCUCGUUUUGGAUUUUUGCCAAGGAAUGAAUUUAGUUAUUUAUUUUUUUUCCGGAUUCGUCUUCAACAUAAGACCGUCAACGAUUUCCUCUUCACAAUUCAUCGGCAGCUACAAGCGCUUGAGUUAAAAUAAAGAGAAACGAAAGGUGGUGAGCCUGGAAUAAUAGAAAAAAAAAUGGACAUGGUUGGCUGGUCGCAAUAUUGAGCGCAAUUAGAUAUUCAAAGACUUACUUGUGAUAUACAAAUAUUAAAUCUUAUAAUAUAUUGUAAUACCUACAAUUUAAGACAGAAGUUUAAUGCUGCUAUUUAUCAUAUACUGUACUCAUCACCAAUUAUUUGACGAUAUUUCUAUUUUCCAUCGUGCAGAGUCUUGUAGGCCAACAAACGGGAAAACGAUCCCUCAAAUAAUCUUUUCAACUGCAACGUUUUUUUUUUUUUAAUUUAUUUCAAAGUAAUCUUAGUAACAGAUAUAGAUAUGAAUAUUUGUGGAUAAUGUUUAUCCUCUCAAACCUACCUCAAUUUUGUAAAGGUACGGCAUGUGAUUGUCUACCUUUUGUCGUCUAUAGCCUCUUCUCACAAUCAGGUGCCGAUGAUUGCUUUCUUGGAAACAACUCCAGCAGAAUCGAUCCGAAAAGAUGAAAUUAUUCUCCUUUUUUCAAUUCUAUAAGACAUAUAGGAAAUUAAGACAUACACAAUGUAACUGAACGAGUAUCGUAGGAUACAUAGACAAAAACUGUCCUCAAUCGUGACGGCUACUUUUUGUGCUAUUAUAGUUGAAUGAAAUCGAUCAAUUUGACCUCGUUAUAGAGCGAUAGACGUUAUUGGCCAUCGCGGAUAGCACCAAAUAGCUAUAAUAAUCAAACUAAAUAAUAUCGCAGCAUUCUCGGAGUGCGGAAUACAAAAUUUUGCCGAUGACAAAGAGUACAGUAUUAUUUUUCUGGUAUAAAAUCGGGAUGGACUAGGAUUAUGUUAUGAAAAAGUAAGAUAAGAAAAAUCGUAAAUACUUGUACAUAAUAUUGCAGAUGCAGUUAUUGCAAUCAAAUGCAUAAUCGUCCCUUGGACGUAAAAUUGUGAUAUUACCAUGUAUUUAUUGCGUACGUAAUUAUAUUAUUGAUUACAGAUGACUACUACUUUGCUUGUAUUACGUCAUAUCAAUUCGAUAAUUCAUUUUACGAAUAUUAAUCACGUAAUCCUUAAUCAAUACUAAAUAAUUUGAUACUUAUGGCAUAAGUUUUAUAGUCGCAUAAAUAAGGUCAUUCGAUGUAAAAUAAAUAAAGAAGAAUUUAUAUUCAUUUAAAAUUUUGGGAA